CCUAUUUAGCAUAUAGUUGUAGCAGAGAAGAGAAUAGGCAGUCUCUAUGUAAUGGCAAAGUUAAACCUUAUAAACAUUUAUCUGUUUGUUUUUUGCAUAAGUCUAUUCAAUUUUCAAACAAAAUGCUUCGAUGAAAGUUCUUGGCUUUACAAAAAGCAAGCAGCCUUAUUCAUAUUUGGGGAUUCACAGUUUGAUGCUGGAAAUAACAACUACAUCAACACUACUAUUGGCAAGGCUAAUUAUUGGCCAUAUGGGGAAACCUUCUUUCACUACCCAACAGGCAGAUUCUGUGAUGGCCGUCUAGUUCCAGAUUUCAUUGCUCAGUAUGCAAAGUUGCCUUUCAUUCCACCAUAUCUACUCCCUCAUAACAAGUUAUUUAUAAAUGGGGUGAAUUUGGCAUCAGCAGGAGCUGGUGCUCUCGUUGAAACUCGGAAAGGAUCGGUGAUAGACCUUCAAACUCAACUUGGUUAUUUCAAGAACAUUAGCAGGGUACUGAGGGAGAAACUAGGAGAUACAGAGGCCGAAGCUUUGCUUUCAAAAGCCGUUUACUUGUUUAGUGUUGGAGGCAACGACUAUUUAUUUCCUUUUCAGACAAACUCCAGCGUCCUUUAUACCUAUUCUGUCGAGCAAUUUGUAGGGCAGGUGAUAGGCAAUAUAACCCAAGUCAUCAAAGAAAUAUAUGAGGUUGGAGGAAGGAAAUUUGGAUUUCCAAGCCUGUGGCCUUUAGGGUGUGCGCCAGUCUCAAGGACAGGGGUACCUGAAGGGGAAAACAAGUGCUUUGAACCAGUUACACCAUAUGUUGACUUGCACAAUAUAGAGAUUUCCAAAGUCCUCCAAAAACUGCAUAGUGACCUCAAGGGAUUCAAAUAUUCAAUUCCUGAAUUUCACACACUUAUGGGAGAUAUUAUCAAUCAUCCUUCUAAAUAUGGUUUCAAGGAAGGGCAGGUAGCAUGCUGUGGCAGUGGACCCUACAGAGGAAUUUGGAGCUGUGGUGGAAGGAGAGGUGUAACUGAGUAUUAUCUAUGUGACAAUGUCAGUGAAUAUGUGUUCUUUGACUCUUCUCAUCCCACUGAAAGGGCCUACGAGAUAUUGGCCCAACUGGCUUGGAGUGGAGAGCCCAAUGUGACUGGGUCUUACAAUCUUAAAGCACUUUUUGAAUCCUAAUCUUUAAGGGAAAUGGUUGUUUUUCACAGCAUGGCUUUGAUGGAUGGCUUGGCUCUUCCAUUUCCGUCCUUUCAAAGUUUUAGUAUCACAAAUAAUAUAUCUAGCAUAUAUUGAUUGAUCAUGUAGAAUAAACUCAACUAAAGGUUUGUACCUUGACAAUCAAAACCUAUUUAAGGCAGUUUGACCUGUUUUAUAAGCAGUUUGGAUUGUUAAAGACAA